UUUGGCAACAAUUUGCUUUGAUAUUUGCAAGCGAUUAAUCGUAUACGAAUUUAUACACAUUAAUUCGUAGAGUGAUCAGGAAUUAAUUUUAUCAAUCGCAUGCGAAAUUUUGAUAUGAAAUUAUUCAUAUACGAAAAUAUGCCGUACAAACUCAAGAAUAGGGCUCCUGAUUCGAUCCUUUAUUCAGCCUUUUUAUUCUGGCUGCCAGAGGGUUGUAAUCACUUUAAAGGUGGCAUCCUACCAUUUUCGUUAUUUACAUAUUCUCCUCUUUUCAACAGUAGCUCUUUUAUAAACAUAUGUGAUGGGUCACAUAUUUAUAUUUUUUCAAAAUUUUUAAAUCAAAAACGUCGUAAUUAUUGAUAUUUCUGAUCACCUUUUUUAGACACCCUUGCGAUUCAGUGUUGUCCUCAACACGAACUUCGAUUUUUUUUAUAUUCAUUUGCAUACGCGAUAGGUGCACAAACUUGUGGUGGGAUCUCGUACUAUAUAUGACGUGAUCUGGUCAUAUCGAUCUCCGCUCAUUAUUUCGGAAGGGGGAGCUAUUAACCAAAGAAGUGUCGACUGUCUCCUGAAAGGAAAGUAGUCUAUGUUACACUGUGUCCUUGUUGGAAAUCGCUGGUAAUCUGUUGAAAGAUUUUCCAUUGCGAUUCUCUCCUCAAAUUGCUCUUGAUGUCGAUCAGGCCACUAUGGCCCGAUCUGCGACCACGGGCAACUGAUCCGCUGUGGUUCAACGCCGAUAAACCAUGCGAUGAUGAGAGCGAGGUCGCCGCUCUCGAAGCGGAGCAUCAGGCCUGGAGAGAUCACGUGCGGGUGCAGGGCUACGAGCACAUUCCAAUCGGGAAGACUGUGAGCGAUUUCAGAGGAUCAGAGGGAGAGGAAGAGGAAGAGGAGGAAGAGGAGGGUGAGGGUGAAGAGGAAGACGAGUCGGACACCCACGAGGAAGAGGAGGAGGAGCUCGACGAGAUCGACAUGGAAGUCAGUUAUUCCCAUCAUCCGCAGAGGUCUAGUCCGACGGACACAGUGACCGCUCCCGUAUCCAUCCGGAUGGUUAACGCAUCGAAUUUAACUCGUUAUUCUUAA